AUGCGCCUGCAAUCUUCGAGGAUCUUUGAUAUCUAUACCCCUAAUCCAUUACGACACCAAUUAAACCCCCUACCAAAACAUAGCCCGCACUUAACGCCGAGUGGUUUCGAAAACGGGGAUCGAUUGGUUGGAUAUAAACUAGGAAACAUCGCCAAGGUGAUGCAGGAUGCGUUCGGACUUGAUCAUCCAGACUACGGGUUCCUGCUGGCCAGCACAUUUGUCUAUGAGGGGACAACUCUCAACCUGAAGCAGUAUAUUAAACCGUUCGUGGAGUUGGAACCAGCCUUCAUUCUGCGUGAGCCUCUGCGCGGGCCUAACUGCACCGUCGCCGACGUUAUAAAUGCCGUUGACUAUGCGAUUCCCGCUAUCGAAAUUAUUGAUUCCCGUGUGAAGAACUGGGCAAUCGACCGCCUAGAUACCUUGGCUGAUAACGGUUCAACCGGCUCUGUGAUUCUGGGUGGUACGCCACGGAGGCUGACCGACCUAACCUUGCGCGACACCCGGGGCACAUUGCGCUUUAAUGAUCGGGAGGUUAUGUCGGGCAACACCGCGAACAUCCUGGGAAACCCUCUUUCUGCUACGGCGUGGUUGUUUAACCGCCUGGCUGCAUAUGAUAUCGAGUUCAAGCCAGGCCAAGUUAUUUUCCCUGGCAGUUGCUUACAGGCUGUCCAGAUGGAGGAGGCGGGUCAUUGGACAUCACGUUUGAGGGCUGGGGGACCGUCGAAUUUGACGUGGUAUAACUUUCAUAAAUACCUGUUUUUUAAUAAGAAAUGGAGCUGGCCCGCCAGGCUGGGUUUUCGAUAUAUUCAAUAG